AAUCCCCUCUACGGAUCCAACAACACCAUGGAGCUGUGGUUGAUGCUUGGCCAAGAAAGAAGCAAUUCCUCCCUUCUCGCGAGUGCACCAAAUUUUCCAAAUCCAGUCGUUACAGUGCCAUAAUAUUAGACGGCUGCUAAGCGUUUCGACCGACGAGGAUGCUGACGCAGCCCCUGCGGUGCAGGGCCCAUCCUCCACCUUCUCCUCCAUCCCUCUUUCGCCGCGGUCCGUCCGGCUUUGUUCGUCUCCCCCGGGCUUAUUAUUAUCAUCACCAUCUGCGAAAUUUGAACACCUCCUCCUCCUCCUUCUCCUCUGCCCCUCCUUCCUCGUCGGGAUCGCUUCACCACAAGAGCCCCCGCACUGCCUCUGGUCUUUCAUCGAUCUUUCCCUCCUCUCCUGUCGCGUGCCCCAAUGCCCCUCUUCGUCCGAACUCUCGCCCGACUCUGAUUCCAUCCCUCACUGCUACCACCUCCUAUAUUAAGCAACCAAUCUCAAUCACCUUGCCCCCAAUGGCCAUUCAAACACGGGAACACGGUGGCCACCACCACCACCACCACCAUCAUGGCAGUAAUGUCUACCUUACAUCAACCGAUAAGCACGAUGCUGGAGUGCGGAUCACGCGGAUCGGCCUCGUCGCCAACCUUGGUAUGGCCAUCGGCAAGUUUAUUGGUGGCUACAUGUUUCAUUCUCAGGCCCUCAUUGCCGACGCCUACCACGCCCUCACCGAUCUGGUCUCAGAUAUCUUGACCUUAGCCACAGUAGCCUGGUCGCUGAAACCCCCGUCGGAACGGUUCCCCAACGGCUACGGAAAGAUAGAGAGUAUUGGCGCUUUGGGUGUGAGCGGCCUGUUGCUCUGCGGCGGUGUCUUCAUGGGUCUCAACUCCGGGCAGGUCCUUCUGCAUCAAUUCUAUCCGGAAAUCGCUGAAGCAAUUGCGCACUUGGGGGCUUUGGGACACGGUCAUUCGCAUAGCCACGGGGUAGAAGCGUUCGGUCCAAACAUCCAUGCUGCAUGGCUGGCUGCUGGGUCGAUCGUGGUCAAGGAAUGGCUUUACCAUGCAACCAUGAAGGUUGCCACGGAACGCAAGUCGUCAGUCUUGGCGUCCAAUGCCGUUCACCACCGAAUCGACUCCCUUACCAGCGUUGUCGCCCUUUUUACGAUCGGCGGUUCUUAUAUGUUUCAAGACGCUUCCUGGCUGGAUCCCGUGGGAGGACUCCUCAUCUCACUGAUGGUUAUCAAGGCUGGGUGGGGCAAUACAAAGACUUCCCUUUUGGAGUUGGCGGAUACUACGGUGGAUGAUGAUGUGAAGGUUUCGGUGCACAAAGCGGCUAGUAAGGCGCUGGCUCUCCUGGAGAAGGGCGAGGCGCUUAAGGUCCGAGAUGUUCAGGGUAUGAAGUCAGGCCAAAAUUAUCUCAUGGAUGUUGAGAUCGCAAUGCCAGGCGCAUGGCCUAUCAACCGUGCUCGUCAGGCGGAAGAGGCGUUGCGCACUGCUAUCGGAGAAAAGGUCCGCGGGGUUAAGCGAGUCAAGGUCCGGUUCAUUCCCCUUGAGCAUGAGGAGUUGACCUUCUCUGAAGAAUUCAUCCCGGCCGAUGUGACCUCACGGGCGCGUCCGGAGCCGGAAGAUGGAGACGAGCAUGAGCACGAGCACGAGCACGAGCACGAGCAUGAGCAUGAAGCUCGCAAAAAUCGGUAGAUAGCGAAGACUUGCUUCUGAAUAUUUUGCUAUUUUCUGCGAUCUUGUACAUGGCCGGCGAGUUCGUUCACCGCGCUUUCACUGGUGAUAAAGACCUCUUUGUGGUUUUGGCCUCCAUGCUCCUUUGAUACCCACACUUUUCCCUGCUUUGGAGUACGGGUAGAGUUGAUAGAGCUC